AUGGCCAGUCCGGUGCGAGGCCUGCUCCUCUGCCUCUCGGCAGUUCUCUUCUGCCUGCAAUCCUGCCAGGCGAAAACUGUCCAUUUUGAUUGGAAUGUGACCUGGGUCACUGCCAACCCGGAUGGCCUCUACGACCGCAAGGUGGUCGGCAUCAACGGGCAAUGGCCGUUGCCCGUGGUGGAAGUGAAUAAAGGAGACCGGCUGGUUGUCAACAUGUACAACGGUCUAGGAGACAAGAGCGCGUCCAUUCAUUGGCAUGGCAUGUUCCAGAAUGGCACGAACAACAUGGACGGGCCCUCGAUGGUCACCCAAUGCCCGAUUUUGCCAGGCUCUUCGUACACCUACAAUUUCACCGUGAAUCAGAAUGGAACAUACUGGUACCAUUGCCAUACGAAUUAUUGUUACCCGGAUGGCUAUCGACAGGCGUUGAUCGUGCACGACAACGACGCAUACUUCAACGAAAUGUACGACGAGGAGUUCACCGUCACGAUGAGUGACUGGUAUCAUGAAUUGAUCGAGGAUAUCGGUCCUUCGUUUAUCAAUCUGGCCAACCCGACAGGCGCAGAGCCUAUUCCCAACGCAUUCCUCUUCAAUGAUACAUUGAACACAAGCAUUUCCGUGCAACCCGACAAAACCUACAUGAUACGGUUGAUCAAUAUUGGAGCAUUUGUCGGACAGUAUUUCUACAUCGAAGACCACAGCUUCCGCAUUGUUGAGAUCGACGGGGUAUAUGUGGAGCCCCAGGAGGCCGAUAUUCUUUAUAUUGCCGUCGCUCAACGAUACAGCAUUCUUGUCACCACUAAAAGCACGGCGGACAAAAAUUUCCCUAUCGUGACUGUUGCCGACUCUGCUUUGUUGGAUACCAUUCCACCCACUUUACAACUCAACAACACCAAUUGGUUGGAAUACGACGCGUCGGCCGCCCAUCCUCAGGCUGUGAUGAAGGUCGGCGUUGCCACUGACCUCAAUCCAUUUGACGAUACCACCCUCGUGCCCUGGGAUCAUGAGCCCCUCCUGCCUGAUCCUGAUAUCACCAUUGACGUUACCGUUCUCAUGCAAGACCUGGGCAACGGUGCUGGGUACGCCUUCCUCAACAAUAUCUCCUACACCAAGCCCAAAGUUCCGACACUUUACUCUGUCCUUUCAUCCGGCAAUCUCUCGACCAACUCCGAAAUCUACGGCGAAUUCACUCAUCCCUAUAUUCUCGGCCACAACCAAGUGGUGGAAAUCAUUCUGAAUAACGGGGACUCUGGUACCCAUCCAUUCCAUCUGCACGGCCACAACUUCCAGGUCAUCGAGCGUGCUCCGGCGUACGGGCCAAACUUCUACAGUUACCUAGAUGGCGACCCAGUCCCAUAUGACCCUUCCAACCACACGGCCUUCCCCAAGUACCCAGCCCGACGUGACACCUUAGUUCUUCCGCCACAGGGUCACUUCGUCAUCCGCUUCGUCGCCGAUAACCCCGGCGUAUGGUUCUUCCACUGCCAUAUCGACUGGCACCUGUCGCAGGGCCUGGGGAUGACGUUGAUCGAAGCUCCCCAGCAAAUCCAGGAACGAGUGUCCAUUCCCGAAGACCAGUAUGCAGCUUGUCGAGCAGGUGGCGUGCAAUAUGAAGGUAAUGCCGCAGGGAACACGGAGGACCUGCUUGAUCUGCAGGGCCAGAAUAGGCAGGUUAACUGGCUGCCCGCCGGCUUUACUGAUAGAGGUAUCGUUGCUUUGGUCUUUUCUUGUGUUGCUGCGUUUUCAGGAAUGGCUUUCAUUACCAUUUACGGCAUGACUGGUCUUGAGACGAAGAAGUCGAAGAAGCCGGAAGAGGGCGAGGACGCCAAUAGUAAUUAG